CUCUUUUUCUCUCUCUAAAGUCUAAACAGAAAGAAGGCAUGAAUCUCUGCAAGAAAUUCCGAGCUACUGCAAUGGCGGUGGUCUUGUUGAUUUCAGCCAUCUCUGUAGCGGCGACGGCGGAAAUCGGAAGCAGCUCCGGCGAGAGGCCUCCGGCGAUACAAAAGGCGGCGUUCGCCCGGUGGCUGGUGCGGCGGAGCUCGUGGGGCGUGUUGAGCACGCUCAACUCUACCGGCGGCGAUCCUUUCGGAAAUGUGAUGUCGUACAGCGACGGCAACGGCACCGGAGUCCCUUACUUCUACCUCACCGUCAAACUCGACCCCACCGGCGCCUUCGCCGUCAACAACCCACGCGCCUCCCUCACCGUUGCCGAGUACGCGCUCGGCUCCUGCGGCUCCGGCGCAGAUCCUCAGUCGCCUCUCUGCUCCAAAAUCACCCUCUCCGGCAAGAUGGAAUUACUGCUCGAUGAUUCACCGGAAGCUGCAAAGGCCAAAGAAUAUUUAUUUAAAGAUCAUCCUAAACUAAGUGGUAAUUUUUACAAUUAGCUGUUCUCUAUUAUAAUUAAAUAAUUAAGA